AUGUCGACUGAUUCUGACAAGUAUUUCUUUGCUGGAUACAGAGGAUUCUACACGGAUGGAUCUACUUUUCUUCAGAUUAUUGGAUUAGGAGCUAUUAAUAAUCAAUCAUUCCACGUUCGAGAGAGCAGGCUGAAUGAACGUGGAAUUAAGCUGGGAGAUUUCCUCUCAGCUACAGUGCCAUUAGGAGAACCAGUGAAGAAUUUUACUCGACAAAAUUACAAGUUCAAGGUGAACGUUGACGGAAACUUUGCAUCGAUCGAAGAUCAAGAAGCUGAUAUAGAGAAAAACAAGGAAGGGAUCCUAGUGUUUCGAACCAAAACUUUUGGAACAGUGAGAUCUGUCAGCCAGACUCUAGAAAUUGCAAAAUAUCGAAUCACGAUUAGAGCUACCAAGGAGUCAGAAGAAUAUCUCUUCAAUGGAAUGAAAUACUGUGCUGAUGUAAAGGAAAACAUUGGAUCGUCCUCUGCUGGAUCUUCUUCGAACUCUAGCGUUAUUGUCGGAAGUGGAUUCUCAAUGAGUAAUUUAUCGAUUAGCGGAAAGAGAUCGAUGAAAGCGUUUGUGUACAACUCAAUCAAAAAAGAAGAACAGAAUACUUACUUUUUGUGGAUUUGUGACAAUCAGGAGCAAUCGAUAUUCUCAUCGAAAACACAUAAACUGGAAAUCGGUCAUUUUUUCGAAGGAAUUUUUGAGGAAAAGGAGAAGGGAAGGUCAAAAUGGCAGUGUACGAAGUAUGUAAAAGAAAUCCAGAAGCUGAUGGAAGGAGAUGUUAUUGGGAAUAAAAUUGAACUGAAAACAACAAUUGAUCGAUAUGAACCAGGAGAUGGAAUCGGGGGGAGAAAACCUCAAGUUUUUGUCCAAUAUCUUGGAAAGAUUAUUGACAACCAAGAUAAACUUCCAAUGAACUGUGUUGGACGUCAAAUCAAAACUCGAAUGUAUAAAGUUGGAGAUGACUUCAAAUGGGUCGUCACAGAGCUGCUAUAA